AUGCAGUUCAAGGUCGUCUUCGCUACCCUCCUCUCUUUCGCUGUUGCCGGUGUUCUCGCUGCACCUGAGCUGGCACAGCGUCAGGUGGCGACAACCUCUGCAGACCCGGCCACGUCGGCGGUCCAGACGUCGCUCCCGUCGACGAUCGAAACCAGCGCCGUCUCAGGCAGCGGGUCAGACUCCACAGCGACUGGGUCGGACCCCGCCCAGUCCGGUACGGCUACUACUGGCGCGGAUGCCACCGCUACGUCUGGUUUCCCUUCUCAAACAACGGGCACCAGCGGCAACGCCACCUCAGUCGCGGCCAGUGGCUCCGCCGCUGCCAGCGGAACGGCCUCGGGCAACAGUACGGCUACAGCCAGCGGCUCGGCAGCGGCUGGUAGCGGUACCGCAGUGGCCGCGAGUGGGUCAUCCGCUGGCUCGCGCCCCAGUGGUUCGUCGCCGUCGGGAACAUCGGCCUCGGCAUCCCCCUCUGCCUCCAACUCGAGCGGCGCGUCUUCCCUCAGCGGCAGUGCUGCCAUCGUCGGCAUCGGCGCCGUCACUGCCUUCUUCGCGGCCCUCUAA